UUUUCUCGCUCUAGAAAUGACUAGUCUCAUUUGAGUGUGUUUUUUGUUUUUUCGCUUUUCAAAAACACUUUUGAAAAACACUUUUGCAAUAUCAGUUUCAUUUCGCUUGUCACUCUCUCCUUCUUUAUAGUUCCCCUCGUUCUCUCUCUCUCUCAGUGGUUUCAGAUCUGUUUUUGAUGUUUCUGCAGCUGCAACCCACUCUCUCUCUCUCUCAAACGCAUACUAUCUUUCUAUAAAACGACAAUAGCUUUGGUUUUUAGUCUGUUCCUGAGACCCAUGCGAGAAUGGAGGCACAACCGCUUCGGUGUAUUGCUUCUGGAGACUCGGGGACGAGCUGGGACACGGCAUCACCAUCGAUUAAGCUUGGUCUUGGGAUUGGUGUUGGCUCUGGGCAGAGCACUGUGAUCAAGCAAAGAAAGUCUGGGUUCACGCCUGCACAGUUGCGUGAGCUUGAGCAGCAAUCUCUCAUUUCGAAGUACAUGGUAGCUGGUCUCCCUGUUCCUGUUCAUCUUGUUCUUCCAAUUUGGAAGAGUGUGGCAAGCUCUUUUGGGUCCACUGACGGUGGGAUUUAUAAGCAAUACCCAAGUUUCAUAGGUUUCAGUCCUCAGGGAUUUGAUUGUAGGAACGUCAUGGAUCCUGAACCAGGAAGGUGUAGGAGAACAGAUGGGAAGAAAUGGAGGUGCAGUAAGGAUGUGGUUCCAGACCAGAAGUACUGUGAGCGGCACAUGCACCGUGGCCGCCAGCGUUCAAGAAAGCCUGUGGAAGCUCCUGCAAUUGCUUCUCAUGUUACAAGACCAACCUUCAAUUCGAGUAUGGAGUCCGAGAGUUCAAAAACCGAUCUCACCAUUGCAGUCCCCCUAAGUCUUCAACUCAUGGCCCCCUCUUCCAAUAAUACCAGCACUGGCAAUAACACUGCCACCACCACCACCACCACCACCACCACCACCACCAACAACAACAACAGUAAUCAAAGAGAGAACAAUUUCAGUGGAAAUAAACAGACCUCUGCUGCCACUGCCACUGCCAUUAGCGACAAAGAAAGGAACUACUUUAAUGGCAACAAAAACUUCAACACUACCUCAUUGGCCUUAGCAGCCAUUACCAAGAAUGAAAGCAGUAACAAUGCUAAUGACAGUAAAGACUUUACCACCAUUAUGAACAUGGCUGUUUCCACCACCUCCAGCAAGAACAGCAAAAGGAAAAGAACUGAUAACAUGGAUGAGGAAAAUGGUCGCAACCGUGCCAGUGACAACAACAUCAACAGAAGCAGAAACAAUGGAAACAACAAUAAUGUUGGUAGUAAUGUGUCUCCAGGAUUGGACUUCUCCCCUAAGAGUGUUCUUCAAGUUAUGGGUUGCAGUAGCUCAUGCUUCGAUUACAGAAACUAUGCAGAACCUGAACCGGGGAGAUGCAGAAGAACAGAUGGGAAGAAAUGGCGAUGUAGCAGAGAUGUUGUCCCUGAUCAGAAAUAUUGUGUCCGGCACAUGCACAGAGGUGCCAAAAAACAUGUUGGAGUCUCUCAAUCAGUUGCAGUUUCAGCUGCCAUUCAUAGUAAUUGCCGUCCCCCUACCAUACCCAACAAAACUCGCAUUUCCAUAAAUUUGAACACCAAUCUCUCCAUCUCAAUCCCAGCAAAUCCCCAAACAAUAUCCCAUGACGGAGAAAGUCCUACUGCCAGCAGCAGCAGCGAAACCACAAUCACCAAUUAAACUAGUAACCUUUCAUAGAUGUUGGGCUCUUGCCAUAAUAUGCUGAGUGGAAUACUGAACCUCCUUGGUAUUUUCCUUUUGCCCCCCUUCUUGGUUUUACCCUUGGUUCUGAGACCAGUUUCUGAUCCUGAACAUGGAAAACAGGGUUUCUUUCAUUUUUUUUUUUUUUUUUUUGUUCUUUUAAUGGGGAAAGACAUUUUUUUGGGCACUAUAUAUCCUUUGAAAAUGUUGAUUUUGUUCUGCUUAAAUGUCAUGUUUGUUUUGUAUAUAUAUGCCAUUGCUUCCUUCUAUA